GGACACGUGCGCCAAACCUCUCCAAGCUCAGAGCAGGAGGCACACAGAGGCGGGGUGGAUGUUGCUCCGGCGCGGCUAUUCAGUCCAUCACCACUACUGGGACAGCAAGCACCACAACCCUCAGCAUCCACCAUGAGGCUCUACAGGGCUUUAUUCCGUCAGGCUCGUGCCCUUAUAGAAGAGAGACUUGACUACUACUCUCAAUUCAACCCAUCGCCUCUCUCCAUGCAGCAAUUCACGGAUUUUGGAGAGAAUGCUACCAUCUCUGAAUCCUUCUUGUUCCUGAAGAAGGAGCUGCCAGUGCGCUUGGCCAACAUCAUGAAGGAAUUCCAUCUGUUGCCUGAGAACCUGCUCCACAUGCCUUCUGUGGGCGCUGUUAGGGACCUCUAUCGACGCAGUUUCAUGGACUUGCUUGAGUUUGACACUGGCAAUACCCCAAAUAACACUGCCACCUUAGAAAAAUUCACAGAUGCGCUGGUAAAGAUACGCAAUCGACACAGUGAUGUAGUUAUGACAAUGGCUCAGGGUGUGAUGGAGCUGAAGGAUGCACACUCAAUUAAUGCCAACACUGAGGCUAACAUCCAGUACUUCCUUGACAGGUUCUAUAUGAAUCGCAUCUCAAUCCGAAUGCUUAUCAACCAACAUACUAUUCUAUUUGGGGAUAGCAUCAACACUCAGAACCACAUUGGAUGCAUCGACCCUCACUGUGACGUGGUGCGUGUGAUUGAGGAUGCGUAUGCCAAUGCUCGAUUUCUGUGCGACCAAUACUACUUGGCUUCCCCUGAGCUGAUCCUCACACACCAUAAUGAGAGGGACAAGACUAGCAGGGUCAUAAAGCGAACAGAUGGACCAGCUGACAAAAACCCAGUAUCAGUGGUCUAUGUACCUUCCCAUUUGUACCACAUGCUAUUUGAGCUCUUCAAGAAUGCCAUGAGAGCAGUAGUGGAGCACCACGGCCCUGCAUCCGAUACCUUCCCCCCAGUACAUGUGUUGCUGGUGAUGGGGCAAGAGGAUCUCACCAUCAAGCUGUCCGAUCAGGGUGGUGGAAUUCGCAGGAGCCUGAUGGACUUGCUCUUUAACUACAUGUACUCUACGGCACCUCAGCCUGCUGUCUCUGGCCUGGACACUCCUCCCUUGGCUGGCUAUGGUUAUGGCUUGCCACUGUCUCGACUGUAUGCCCGCUACUUCCAUGGUGACCUGCAGGUGACCUCUUACGAUGGAUAUGGGACAGAUGCCACAAUCUACUUGAAGGCACUCUCAAGUGAAGCGAAUGAACUGCUCCCUGUAUACAAUAAGACCUGCCAGCGUCAGUACUCCACUCCAGUCCAGACACAUGACUGGUCCUCACAGGUUCAUUCUGCCAUGUUCAUUCGCCCCUUCAGCACCACGUCACGUAACAAGCAUGAACAGAAGUCAUCAUAGCCUCUAUGAAGCAUAGUUUUGCCACUACAGACCCUCUCCACCAUAUCAUACUAUGUAGUCUUCUAAUGUAGAAGUGUCAGUCCAGAUACAACCCUUAGGGCACUCUGUAAUUGAGGUUGAGUUGUCAAGGGUGAUUGCUAUUAUUGUUCUAAUUGUAUACAUGACUCAAAUUAGGUUUUACAGUGGACUUGUAUGUCGUUAGAUAACUGCCAAAGAUUUUCUUCCCUUAAUUAAAUAUGGACGAGUUCUUUUAUAGCUCAGGUUCACAUAGUUGUAUUGUACCACGUGACUGAGGUGGUUAAACCCUCAAAUGAUAGAAUGUGCUCUUUGAGAGAGCUACACAGACAUCAUAAAUCAUAACAUACAAUGCCUUCACACACUUAAAGAAACAUUUACUCAGGUUUCAAGAGACUAUGGCACUAAAAGUUUUGGGGUUUAAUACUAGAGGCAGUACAGAGAUAGUGGACCGUUAUGAGUUCAGUUCUCAUGAUAAAACCUUGGCCAUGAAGUACGUAUGGCAUUUAGAUUGGUGCUGGGAUUGCUGAGAAGGGACAGAGCUUAAAGUAAAACUGCAGAAAAAUUCCCCAAUCCUAAUAGUGGUGGCUUUCUUGAAUUCUUCCAUGAUUCUGAUGAUCUGGCAUUUUAAAGUACAGAUUAGCAGUUGUUAAUUGCAUAGUUGUAAUGAAAUAUUGAGAUGAGGAUAAUUCAAGUUCCUUGGAUCUUUCCAAAAUUGUUAUUAGGUUUACAACCAUUUUUUAAACAAUAUAUGGAAAAACAUAUCAAAAAAAUUUUUUUUUCGGCUUUGCCUAAACACUGUAAUUUGCCAGCUUCUUGUAUACACAAUUUUAAUCAGCUUUAGAAAUGCCUUUUCACCCUGCAUGCAUCAUUUGUUGCGUGUUAGCUGUCACUCAUUGAGGUGUUAUAAUAUUUUGCAAACACUCAUUGAGGUGUUAUGAUAUUUUGCAAACCAAGACCAGAUAUCAAUGGCAGUACAGUAACAUGUUUUCUGACACAAUUCAUAAUCCAUACCUUUAUUUAACAUGGUGCUCCUCUGAAGUAAAUACUUUGGUAAAAGUUAAGACUUUCCAGAUGAUUUGUUUCCUGGACAGUCUUAACUCAAGCACAAAAUGACACAUCCAUUGGCCCUUGAAACUGUUGCUGUUGUAGCACUACACAUAAUUUUGUCUGCCUAGUUAGGAAACAGUUAGGGAACAAAACAAUAUUUGUGGUUAAUAGAAAUAGUGAACAGAUUUCAUAACAAUGAUUUGAGGAGGAGGAGCCGCAGCAGCAAUAGUAUGGUAGGUUCAGUAUUACCAACCCAUCAUUGCAGUAUGAUUAUUCAGGCCAUGCUGCAUUGGGUAACAAAACAAUGCAAUUAAUGUAUUAAGUUGAUUCAUAUUUAGCCAUAGCAAAUGGUAUUUUAUCAAAGAUAUUUAGACUGGUGAGGUUCUCUGGUCUGAGUUAGGCUAAGAUUUAAAAGUUUAUACAUAUAUCCAGUUCUAAAAUCAUGUAAUGCUGCAUCCAUCAGAGGAAAUAUUUUUGACAAUGUUGUUAGUAUUAAUAAUGGUGAGUGUCCAUGACCUGGGAACAGAUUAUUGUGCAUAAGUGUUUGACUCAGCAAAGCCAAAAGUACAGAUACUAUGUUAGCAUGUUGAGAUCACUCUUGUACUAAGUCAGUGUAUCUGGCUGAUAGUUCAUUUUGUGUGAGUGAUGUGUGUCCUUUGUAAAUAGAGAUAAAUAUUUUUAUUUAUUAAAAUCCAUUAUGGACUAUA